AUGGUAGUGUUUACUAAUGUGCAUUUGUCCGGAGAGGUGAUAGCAGAAUUAAGUUAUGUGAUGUUUAAAGUUUUGUUUUGCAACAUUCUUGUGAUGUUCGGCGUAACGUACGGCUUUGAUCGCGUGGAAACUGAGGAACAAGAAUUCAGAAACGCCAUAAAAUCACUACAGUAUAAUGCAACAGAAGACCAGCCAGUAGCAUAUCUGGACUUUCUUGAUAUCAUCAACUUGAAGCUACUGACAGAGUCACCUAAAAUAACUGCUUGUGGGUUAUUCACUAUUAAUUUGAAAGUGUUUUGUAAUGUGUUUACUGCCAUCGUCACCUAUAUCAUGAUACUAUUUCAGUUCAAAGAUCUUGAGAAAUAAACAAAACUAUGUUGUCAAACAAUCCGUCUAUUUUACAGUUAACUAUUGAUAACUGUGCACAUAGUCGUAAUAAUUCAAAUUCGGAUGCUGUUUUCGCCACUCCUCGCGAAUUUUUCUUCUUCGCUCGGCAUCUGCUUUCUGUUUCCUGUAGACAAAGAGAGGUCGAAAUAUAAUCGUUGUUUCGUCAGC